AUGAAGAGCUUCUCCAUUUUGUUUAUCGCGGUGGUAGUGGUAGUGGUAGCAUUGACAGGUGAAUCGGCAGAGGCAGUGACGUGUAACCCAGUGACGUGUAACCCGAUGAAGCUGAAUCCUUGUUUGGGAGCAAUAAGCUCGCCGACAGUAACUCCGACAAAAGAGUGUUGCACAAAUCUGAUUAAGCAGAAGUCAUGCUUGUGUUGUUACAUGAAGAACCCAGCCUACAAACAUUACGUUGAUUCUCCUAAUGCUAGACGUGUCUCCGUCAUUUGCGGCAUCUUUUCUCCGAUGUGCUUAUUAGGCUAG